AAGAAGACAACCAUCGUCAUGAUGUAGAGAGGAUCAACACCGGAACAGAAACGGAUAUUUACUGUAUUUUAAUGUUUUGUUUGUAGAAAAUAUAACAUUCUCUACUUCCGGGUAAGGAAACUCGGUAAAGAUUUUGAGCCGUAAAGUUUACGGUUGAAUGUAAGCCUGAAAUUAGGCGGGUUGUUUCGGUUAGCCGGCGGCUAACAGGCCUGCUAACAGCGGCUCCUCCAGGCCCCGCUACCCGCCUCAGUGCUGCUGUGGUUCGGAUCUCCUGAAAGACAUGGGCCGGGGAGACGCGCCCACGCGGUUCAGACCUCCCGUCGCACCUCCGGGUGAGGAGGUACCUCCACCAUUCGACAUGGGCCCUCCAGAAUGGGGGCCCCCACCCCCCAGAGGGUGGGGUCCAAUGGGGCCCCCUCCUCCCGACUGGGACCCAAGAGGACCUCCACAUCCCGGCUGGGGCCCAAGAGGACCCCCACAUCCCGGCUGGGGCCCAAGAGGACCUCCGCCUCCCGGCUGGGACCCAAGAGGACCCCCACCUCCCGACUGGGACCCAUUGGGACCCCCACCUCCCGACUGGGACCCAUUGGGACCCCCACCUCCCGGAUGGGACCCAAUGGGACCCCCACCUCCAGACUGGGACCCAAGAGGACCCCCACAUCCUGGAUGGGACCCAAGAGGACCCCCACCGCCUGGAUGGGACCCAAGAGGACCCCCACCUCCCGACUGGGACCCAAGUGGGCCACCUCCUCCAGAAUGGGAACGCCACCCUUACUGGAGACAUGCCCCCCCUGGCUGGGGCUUGGGGGAACCACCUGAUCCAUGGGCAUCAGAACCAGUUCCACCAGUCCUGCCUCCGAGUGUACCCCCACCUGCUCCUAUAGGUCUUCCUCCUCCAGACCCAACAGUCCCCCCACCAGCGGUUCCACCUCCUGCCUGUGUGCCUCCAUUCGGGUUCCCACCGUUUCCACCCACCGUUUGGACCGCAGAGCCCAUUGUGGAGGAACCAAUGCCAAACCCUCCUCCAGAUCAGCCUGAAUGGAUCAAAGCUUUGAUUUCUGCUCCAUCUUCUGACUCCACAACCGUUGAUGGUAAAAAAGUUCCUGAAACAACUGAAGUCAUCACAGAUCCAGCUCUGGACACUGCUCCUGUCCCCCCACCUGCAUCCCCACCAAAACCAGUAUCAGAAGCCAAGAUAUCUGCUAAAGCUCUGGGUCUUCUGGGAAAACGCACAUUUGAAAGGUGAGCCUUUGUUGUGUUUCUGAG